AGAAGCCAAAAAAAGAAAAAACUUAUAAAUUAGAGGCUACAAAAAUUGAUUUUAGCUUUAACAACCCUUAUAGGAAUAAUAUGAAAAAAGAAAAAACUCAAAAAUCAGAGAUUACGGAAAAUAACUUCAGUCCAAAUAACUUAUACAAGAAUGAUAUGGAAGAAGUAAUCCAGAACAAGGAAGAAGUCACAGUUCAG